GUAUAUAACUCCUCUUCCACUGCCGCCGCGCAAACCCUAGGCGGCCGAUCUUCUCCUCGGAGCGAGCUCGAGAUCGAUUGGGGAAGAGAGAUCCGGCGAUGAAGUACAAUCCGCGCGUCUCCAGCUCCCGGCGUAAGUGCCGCAAAGCACACUUCACCGCGCCGUCGAGCGUCCGGCGAGUUCUGAUGAGCGCGCCGCUCUCUAUCGACCUACGCAACAAGUACAACGUCCGAUCCAUCCCCAUUCGCAAGGACGACGAGGUGCAGGUGGUGCGGGGGACCUACAAGGGCCGCGAGGGCAAGGUUGUUCAGGUUUACCGCCGGCGAUGGGUUAUCCAUGUCGAGAGGAUCACCAGGGAGAAGGUCACCGGCUCCACUGUCAAUGUUGGACUUGACCCCUCCAAGGUCGUCAUCACCAAGCUCAAGCUUGAUAAGGAUCGCAAGGCGUUGAUCGAACGCAAGGCUCGUGGUCGGGCUGCUGAUAAGGCGAAGGGCAAGUUCUCCGCCGAGGACGUCGCUGCUGCCGCCGGCGGAGUGCCUUCUCUCGGUGAAGUUGACUAAUUUUUAUCCUGUGUUUGCUCUCUUGUUUCGAUUUACGGAUCUAGGCUUUAUCAUAUGUCAAGAUUCAUGCUUUUUUGAUGUUGGAAUGAGGAACUGUUUCUUGAAACUGGUUUCUUUGUUUCUGUUUGGAUUCUUGGGCUUAUUUAGUAUGGAACAAUCUUUACUUGUUAAUCAUAUGAAUAUCUUUGCUUUGACA